AUGUCGCCCGGCAAGACUGCAAACAUCUCGUUCGACGACAACUUUGCCAACAUCGUCAACGGUGAAGCACGCACAAAGUCAGACACUUACCACCAAGGAGUCAACCCAGCGACCGGCGAAAAGCUCUGGAACGUGCCCAUUGCCACUCAAUCCGAUGUCGACGAUGCCGUUGCUUCUGCCCAAAAGGCUUUCGAGUCGUGGAGUGUCAAGCCCAUUGACGAGCGCAAGCAACUGUUGAAGAACUUCCGCGAUGUUUGGAACGGUUACCAUGAAGAAUUCACCACACUGCUGUGCAAGGAGACUGGAAAGCCGAGACAGUUUGCUGCCUUCGAGGUUGGCGCUGUGGGUGCUUGGAUUGAUCACCAUGUUUCGCUGAGCAUCCCUGAGGAGCGACUCGAGGAUGAUGAGAAGGUCAUGACGACGAGAUAUAUGCCUCUGGGUGUUGUUGGUGCCAUUUGCCCUUGGAACGUACGUUGCCUCUUCUCUUUUCUAGCAUCGUUGAACAUGGUACUAACGAUAUCCACANNGUUCCCCCUUGUUCUCUCAUUCGGCAAGAUCUGCCCUGCACUGCUGACCGGCUGCACCAUCAUCGUCAAGCCCUCGCCCUUCACUCCCUACACCUCGCUCAAGGCCAUCGAACUCGCCCAGACCAUCUUCCCUCCCGGUGUCGUCCAGGUGCUCGGUGGUGAUGACAAGCUCGGUCCCAUGUUCACCGAGCACCCUGGCAUCGCCAAGAUCAGUUUCACCGGCAGCAUUGCCACCGGCAAGAAGAUCAUGGCUGCCUGCAGCAAGACCCUCAAGCGCGUUACUCUUGAGCUUGGUGGCAACGAUGCCAGUAUCGUCAGAGAAGAUGUCGACAUUGAGGCCACUGCCCCUCAGCUCGUCAUGGGUGCUUUCCAGAACAGUGGUCAAGUCUGCGUCGCCACCAAGCGCAUCUAUAUCCACAAGAACAUCUACCGCCCUAUGGUUGACGCCAUGGCCAAGGUCGCCGCCAGCCUAAAGGUCGGCACCCCCGACGAAGAAGGCGCCAUGCUCGGCCCCAUCCAAAACCAAAUGCAAUACGAAAAAGUAAAGACCUUCUUCCAAGACAGCAAAGACAAGGGCUACAACUUCAUCGCCGGCAGCGGCGAUGUCGAGACUAAGGAUGGUUUCUGGCUGCAACCCGCUAUCAUCGAUAACCCUCCCAAUGACAGUAAAAUCAUCCAGGAGGAACAGUUUGGUUUGAUUUUGCCGGUGCAGCCGUAUGAGGAUGAGGAAGAGGUUAUUGCUCGUGCUAAUGACAGUAAUGCUGGCCUUGGUGCCUGUGUGUGGAGUAAGGAUGAAAAGGCUGCUGAGCGCAUUGCUCUGCGUCUGCAAGCUGGCAGUGUGUUCAUCAACUCGUUCGAGAAGCCUACUCCUCAAGCUGGUAUUGGCGGCGAGUGGGGCACACAAGGUCUGCUGUCGUACUGCAACCCUCACGUCAUCCACCUCUACAAGAGCAAGCUCUAG